AUGGUGUUGGUCCUUUUCGAGACAGCCGUAGGCUUCUGCCUGUUUUCGCUCUCGGAUGAGGGCAAGCUCAAUUCACCUGACUUAUACAAGCAUUUUGAAAAUGAGACGGAGGCUAACCGUCUGCUGCAGCUGAAGGCCAUCCACCGCUUCCAGAGCACAGUCGAGGCUGUGGAAGGCGCUACGGCCGUGAACGAAGGCAAAAUCAGCAAGGGACUCAAGCGCUUCCUGACGGAUGAGAUUCUCGAGAAGGGUGGCUCGAAAGGCGUCAAGGGCGCCGCGGAGACGCUUGUUGUCUCUGAGCCCAAGCUUGCGUCGGCGAUCACGAAGAAGCUCGGUAUCCAAGUCACGUCAGAGUCGAGUCUGAUGGAUCUAUACCGUGGUAUUCGAGAGAACCUCGCGUCGCUCCUGUCUGCGGGCUCGCCUGAGGCUGGCGCACUUGACCCCCGGGAUCUGAACACUAUGAGCCUGGGUCUCUCGCACAGUCUGAGUCGCUACAAGCUCAAGUUCAGCCCUGACAAAGUGGACACCAUGGUGGUCCAGGCCAUUGCGCUACUUGACGACCUAGACAAGGAGCUCAAUAUUUAUGCCAUGCGUGUGAAGGAGUGGUAUGGCUGGCACUUCCCUGAGAUGGGCAAAAUUAUCACGGACAAUAUUGCCUACGCCAAGGUGAUUCGUGCUGUGGGCUUCCGUACGAACACGUCGUCGUGUGAUUUGUCCGAGAUUCUUCCCGAGGAGCUUGAAGAAACGCUCAAGGCUGCUGCAGAGAUCUCGAUGGGUACGGAGAUCAGCGAGACAGACAUGGAGCAUAUCUGGAGUCUGUGCGAACAGGUGAUCUCGAUCAGUGAGUACCGUGCGCAGCUGUACUCGUACCUGUGCAACCGCAUGUCGGCGAUCGCACCGAACCUUACUGCGCUCGUCGGCGAGCUUGUCGGCGCACGCCUCAUCUCGCAUGCAGGCUCGCUGAUGAACCUAGCCAAGCAACCGGCCAGCACGAUCCAGAUCCUGGGUGCUGAGAAGGCGCUUUUCCGCGCCCUGAAAACCAAGCACGACACGCCCAAGUACGGUCUGCUGUACCACUCGAGUCUAGUCGGCAUGGCUCCUCCUAAGAUGAAGGGUAAGAUGGCGCGUAUGGUCGCGACCAAGGCUGCCCUGUCGAUCCGUCUGGAUGCGCUGGCUGAUGCUGACUCCAAGUCGGACCUGUCGGCCCCCACGAUCGGUUCCGAGUCGCGUGCCCGUCUUGAGGCGCGGGCACGGGGUCUGGAGCAGCGCACGACCAUCUCGCAGAUCCGUGCGGGCAAGGGCGCUAAUGCAGGCUACAAGCAGAAGAGCUUCUCGAUGGAGGCCAAUGGCCGCAGCUACAACACAAGUGCGGAUGCGCCGCCGCCUGUGACUGGGGUCGAGGAGGCCGAGGAAGGGGAAGACGAGGACGACGAGGAGGCUAAGGCGGAGGCCAAGGCUGCCAAGAAGGCUGAAAAGAAGGAGAAGAAGGAGAAGAAAGAAAAGAAGGAGAAGAAGGACAAGAAGGACAAGGACGAAAAGAAGAAGUCUAAGCGGUCUGCUACAGACAUGGACGACGGCGCCGAGUCAAAGAAGAAGAAGAAAAAGUCGAGCGAGUAG